UCAUCAACUUCAGGACUCCUUGAACAGGAUGAUGUCUUCCAUGUCAAGUCAAGUUUCAGAGCUGAAAAUGAUAUUGUCUACUUCAUCAAGACAGACUUCAACUUCUGGACCCGUUGAUGGGGAUGAACAGAUUGAAUUCACUUCCAGUAACUCAGAUGCUUCAUCCUCCGACUCUGAUUUCACUUUUGCAGCUCCAAUUCCAGCUUCACCAACCUUCUGUGCCACUAACUCGAGUUCCUUCCAACUGAUAGUUCAGGAUAUUUCAGCAGCAGAAUUCUCAGGAUUUGAAAGUGAUAAGGAGAGGGCAUUUGAUGACUACUUCUAAUGGAACUUUUUUCUAUAUUAAAUCUAGCUUCGAUAUGAGCUAGUUUCAUAAAACUUGGGCCUUUUGGCAUUGUAGAAUAGGUACCUACUCAAAAAUGAAUUUUCACAUUCGUUGUCAUAAAAG